AUGACGGAGAAAAGCCCCGAGACCCCUCUCGCUAGGGAGAAGCUUGAAGCCCAGAUCAAGUCUGCCGACAUGACGGAGGACAUGCAGCAAGAGUCCAUCGAAGUUGCCCAAGAAGCCAUGGCAAAAUUUACCAUCGAAAAGGACAUCGCACAACACAUUAAGCGCACGUUUGAUGAGCGCAAGGGGCCUACCUGGCACUGCAUUGUCGGCCGCAACUUUGGUAGCUUCGUCACCCACGAGACGAAGCACUUCAUCUACUUCUACCUCGGCCACUGCGCCAUUCUGCUGUUCAAGACUCAGUAA